AUGUCGAGCUCCGCCGGUGGAGGGGACUCCAAAUUGUUUGCUCGAACCUUGUUGCGCGAAGGCCUUCGUUGCAUCAGAUCAUAUUUCCUGUUCAAUGUCACUAUCGAUACAUGGUGUCGCAGCGCUGCGAACCAUGUGAUGGCCGCCAUGUUUCUCGCAUAUAUGCCCCCAAAAUCACUUUAUGAUGGCCCGAGACUAAGUAAUAUGCAGGGCAAAGUUGCCGAGCUACGCCUCGAGCUUAACAGUGGAGGAAAAAAGGACAAGGCCUAUACAGGCAAGAAGAUUGCUCUCAAGAAGAUUGUCGCAAAUAUGACAAUGAGUAAUAAUGACAUGGUUGCCCUAUUCCCCGACAUCAUUGGAUGCAUGGGUAUCCAGAGUUUGGAGAUCAAGAAGAUGUGA